AUGCCAGCGCAUGCCAUGCAAAUGCGUCAUAAACAUAAAAUGCCAGAACGGUUGAAAAAGGUGCCGACAGACAACAACCCUAAUUUCUCGUCAAUGGUAGAGUAUUUUCUGCACAAGGCGAUUAUGAGGUGCGAAGACACUUUAGAAGGUUAUCUUAAACAAUGGUACAAAGAUGAAAAACUUCGCAAAUAUCGUUUGGAGGGAAUAAUUAAAAUUAUGACAAACUGUCACAACACGCUUGAGGUAUGCUUCCCGAUUCGGCGCGAUAAUGGAAAGUACGAGAUGAUAACGGCAUACAGGGCGCAGCAUAGCGUGCACCGGCUGCCAACGAAGGGAGGCGUGCGAUAUGGCCUCGACGUCUCUUACGAUGAAGUUCGAGCGCUGGCUAACCUAAUGACUGUCAAGUGCGCCUGUGUCAAUGUUCCCUUUGGCGGCUCCAAGGGCGGUGUAGCGAUCGAUCCAAGAAAGUUCAGUCCCGUGGAAUUGGAAAGUAUUACGCGACGUUUCGCACUGGAGCUUGCUAAGAAGAACUUCUUGUCGCCGGCGCUCGAUGUUCCGGCUCCAGAUGUCAACACGGGUCCGAGGGAAAUGUCCUGGAUGUACGACACCUAUAUGAAAACUGUUGGACAUCACGACUUGAAUGCCCAAGCCACCGUAACAGGCAAACCGAUAAACCAGGGAGGUGUCAAGGGGCGCGUUGAAGCCACAGGCCUAGGAUUAUUUAUCGGUUUGAAUAGAUUCAUUCUUAAUGACAACUUCAUGAAAUCGUUUAAAAUGAGACCAGGAUGGAAGGGAAAACGUGUUAUAAUACAAGGUUUUGGAAAUGUGGGAAGCUACGCUAUUUUGAAUGUUUACAAAGCAGGAGCCUUGUGUACGGGUGUACAAGAAGCCGAUGCUAGUUUGUACAAGAGCGACGGAAUAAAUAUAGUUGAAUUGUUAAAAUACAAAGAAAAGAAUAACAUGUCAAUCAAAGGUUUUCCGGGGGCUCCUGAAUAUAGUGGGAAAGACCUUUCGCUAGAGGAGUGCGAUGUCUUCAUACCAGCUGCUACACAAAAGACAGUUACUGCCGAAAAGGCUAAAGUAAUGAAGUGCAAAAUCGUCGCAGAAGGUGCAAAUGGUCCAUGCACCCCUGGAGCCGAUAAAAUACUGCGUGACCGCGGCAUCGCCGUGCUACCAGACAUGUACAUGAACGCGGGGGGAGUCACCGUCAGUUACUUUGAGUAUUUGAAAAACUUGAACCAUGUAUCAUUUGGAAAAUUAACAUUCAAACAUGAACGGGACACUAUUUACCACAUCCUGGAUUCAGUAGAACAAUCUCUGGUAUGCGAAGCCAAUUUAAAAAUCUGUAUGAAUCCCAGCGAACAUUUGCUUAUGAGAAUAGCCGAAGCUUCUGAACGUGAUAUAGUGUUAUCGGGUUUAACCUUUACCAUGGAAAACACUGCCAAAGGUAUUCUUAAUACAGCAGAACGUUACAAACUAAAAGAUUAUAGACUAGCUGCCUAUAUCUAUAGCAUUGAAAAGAUUUUCAAAACAUAUCAAGAAGCAGGUUUGGCAAUUUGUUGA